AUGACCACAGCUCAUAGACCAACCUUUGACCCCGCCCGUGGAAAAGAGGCACUGAGAGGCCCUGCUUAUCACCAACGUCUCCUCCCUGCGCAUACAUUCCUGAAGACCAGAAAACCCGGUCAAGGUGGCGACGCGGAUGAAAAACGCGAUUUGAGAGCUGAACUUUUGAAAGCUGAAGCCGCCUACUUUGCCAAGAAGGGUAUUUCCCAGAAUACAUCUGCCUCGUCGCCAUCGACAGCGGCGAUCGAACCGUCCGUACCGAAACGCCAACUUGAAAAUGGUCCUGGCGAAGAGGAUACUGGAGAAAUAGAGAAUCCGGAAGCUAAGAGGAGGCGUAUAUUGGAAGAGACUCGAGAUAUAGAUGCAGAUUCAGAUGAGUCGGAGAGCGAUAGUAGUGAGAACAGUGAUGACGAUGAAGAUGAGACUGCGGAAUUAAUGCGGGAGCUGGAAAAAAUUAAGAAGGAACGAUCUGAACAGAAGGCAAAAGAGGAACAAGAACGUGAAGCGCAAGAGCGGGAGAAGCGUGAGGUGGAUAUUGCACGUGGAAAUCCAUUGCUUAACCCGCAAGAUUUCAAUGUCAAGCGGCGAUGGGAUGACGAUGUUGUUUUCAGAAACCAGGCGCGGGCUACGGAGAAUAGGGGGAAGAAGGAAUUUGUUAAUGAUUUGUUACGUUCUGAUUUCCACAAACGUUUCAUGGUAUGA